CACAGAAGUGUGUGUGUUCAGGUGUGAGCGUUGGCCUUGACGCUGGACUCAGACAGAAGUCAGUGCCCGGACAGUGUGGCAGGCAUAAACCAGGUCAGAGCUCUCUGAGGGGGCCCUGACCAACGACCAUGGGGCCAACACAUUGAGGGCCCCCAGACGCAAGGAAAGCAAAAAGAGGAGCAGCAAGAAAGAAAGAGGAAAAGCUAAAAAAAAAAAAAAAAAAAGAAAAAAGAAAAGAAAGAAAGAGAGACAGAGAAAGAAAAACAGCAGAACAAUGGUUGCAGAGGAAGUGAUAAUUACUUUGUCAGGUGGAGCACCAUGGGGCUUUCGUCUCCAGGGAGGGGCUGAACAUCAGAAGCCACUCCAGGUGGCAAAGGUUCGUAAACGCAGCAAAGCAUGCAGGGCUGGGCUGCGAGAAUCUGAUGAGCUGGUGUCCAUAAACGAACAGCCAUGUGGGACGUUAUCCCACGCACAGGCCAUGAACCUCAUCGACAGCUCCCCAGGGACACUUCAUAUCCGAGUCAAAAGAGCGCCUGCUGGUUUCCAGUCUGUGGUUCUUGUGACCCGUGCCCCAUCACCUCGCAUAGACAAAGAGUACCGAGCCGCUCUACGUGCCAUGUCACCCAGCCAGCCUCAACAUGCUCCAGUCCGUGAGGUCCACCGUAGUCGGUCUUCCUUAACCAGUGGACUAACAUCCCCACCAGGGAGCGAGGCCUACUAUGGUGAGACUGACAGUGAUGCAGAUGUGGCCGGCUACGAGAGGCAGCGCAGACAGAAACGCCGCAGCCCCAGCAACUCCACUCCUGCAAAACCAGUGGGACGAGCAUCUCCUGAAGGUGGAGAGACGUCAGAAAUGAGUGGCUACGACAGUGCUCCAGAUGCCCAUGUUUAUCCCCCCUUAUUAGAUGGACGUGGAGGCAGUGGGGGCGGAACAGGGGGCCUACCAGGGGUGGCACGCAGGGAGGUUAUUUAUCAGCCUCCUGGUCCAGGAAUGUGGUCCUCACAGACCUCCACUGAGACCUCCUCCAUCAUCUCCUCAGCAGAUGACCAGGGGCCUCGGGAUGUAGCACAGGAAGAGGACAGUGGUUUCCUGGAGCCAUCAAAGGUGCCACUGGUGUCCCCUGAAAGAGCCAAAGAGGCCUUGAUGUUGAGCUCUCGCAGCCAGCUGGUGCCUAUGGUCGGGCCUGUGAGCAACCCCGUUGAUGAGGAGCUCACAACAACCUACAUGGAAAAGGCCAAGCAAGCCAAACUGAACCGAGGGGAAACACAGCAAGAUAAGCAUGUAAAAGAAGCCAAAAGCAAGUGUCGAACAAUUGCAUCCCUGCUGACUGAUGCUCCUAACCCUCACUCUAAAGGGGUGCUAAUGUUCAAAAAGAGGCGACAGCGCUCCAAAAAGUACACCUUAACAAGUUUUGGCAGUGUGGAUGAGGAUCAGUGUCUGGACUCACAGGAAGAAGAUGGAGUGUUCCCUGGCAGUGAGUCAGAGUUUGAUGAUGACGCUUUCUCCUCAGUUCCAGACCCAACUUGGGAUAGUGACUAUAUUGAAAUGCUUGAGAAAAGGGCAACAGCUGGUACAGAAGGUCGUGGGGAUGGGGCAGAGGAUGCUCCAAGCCCAGGACUGAGUAAUACAGCAGGAAAGGGUGCUCAGUUGUUUGAACAGCAGAGGAAGAGAGCCGCAGAGCAUGCCAAAAAAGUGGAGGCAGCACAGCAGCAACAGCAGCAACAGCAGGCAUCUCAACAGUCACAAGUCCAGGAGCAGACUGAAAUGCAUCAGUUACGUGCAGAAAUACAACCCCAGACACAAACAAAUCUUCAGCCUCAACAGAUGAUACCACCUGGUCUUUUGGUCUUACAGCAAGAGCCACAGUCUGUGCUUACACAAGCUUCUGUUUUAGGUUCUACUGCAGUCCAUGGUGUUUCAAGUGGGGAACUGACCAAUAUGAUUAUGUCACCUCCACCUACGAUGCCAAAACCUGCUACUGCUCCAGUGACUGUUCUUAGCAGUCCUUCACCACCAACGGAGACACCGUUGCCAGACCUACCAGCCAGUAAUGUGCUAAACAGAACUGCACGUCCCUUCACACCUGGUUUCAUCAGCAUCCGAGCUGCAACUGCCCCUGUAACGUUCCGUCCAAAUGUCACAAAGACAGCCCAGCGUCCUGCUUCAACAGCUGUUGUGUCAUCACCAUUCUCUACUGCCUCAGAACUAAAUAUUAAUGCUGCAUCAGUACCUCCACACUUGCCCACUGUUCCUCCACCAGGAUUCUCCCCACAGGUAAUGAGAGGUCCUUUAGCCCAGACACACCCAGCUCCUGUUACCUCUUUGCCUUCUGGCUACUCUACUGCUGCAGAAACAAUGCACACAGUCCCUCCAAUAACUAUGGUCCAUCAGGCUCCAUAUGCCACAGUAGCCUCAAUGUCUACACCUACAAUGCCUCCACAACCCCCAAUGGCUCCUGCACCUCUUCCUCCUGUAUCUCAAACUUCACUUGCACCACCUGUUCCAGGUGCAUCAGUGCCUGCAGUACAAGUGCCAGUAUCUCAGGCUCCCCAUGUUCAGUUCUCUGUAGCCCCAGUGACACCAGUCGUUCCAGUGGCUCCGGUGGCUCCAGUUGUUCCAGUGGCUCCGGUGGCUCCAGUGGCUCCAGUCGUUCCAGUCGUUCCAGUGGCUCCAGUUACUGUUGUAGCUCCAGAACCUCCUGUAGCUCCUGUGGUUCCAGUGUCAGUGGUGUCUCAGCAAGAAACUGUUGCACCAACCCCUGUUCCUGGAUCAACAAAUCGCACAGGAAUCUUACUUGAGGCACGACGACGUGGUGGGAAACCCAGGCCAAUGUUCAAUGUGCCAGAUGUUAAGAAAAAUUCUCCCAAUCCUGAAUUGUUGUCUAUGGUGCAGAACCUUGAUGACAGGUCUGCUAGACAAAGAUAUGAUGAAACCACUGAAGUUUACUAUGGUGAUGCAGAGGAAGAGAGGAGUGGCGAAGUUGGCAUGGGAAGGCCUCCUCCAGUGGCACCCAAGCCAAGAGUGAUCCAUGAGACCCCAUUGAUUCUUCAGGCAGAGGGAAAAGGGGCUCAGCUAUUUGCCAAGAGGCAAAGUCGUAUGGGUAUGUAUGUGGUAGACACCCCACCUGAGACACCCUAUCAGCAAGAAUUAUCUGCUCACAGUCAAGGGCUUGACUCUAACAAUGCUGGCCAUCCCUCACAGUUCAAAUACUCCCCAAAUGUUCGUGCCCCCCCACCAAUUGGGUACAAUCCACUCAUGGGGCCCUCUAUUCCCACAGGACCACAGAGAGAUACCAAGGCUGACAACAGAUUUAGAAGCACCCAAAGAGAAGGCAUCAAAGCUUUGGAUUUUUUGAGAAGGCAGCCGUACCAGCUCAACUCUGCCAUGUUCAACUAUGGAGGCAGUGUUGCAAAUCUCUCAGCCAUGCCAUCCUACCAGGCUCAGAGGCAGCAAGGUGACCACGCGAUGGUUGGCAGUUCAUUAACCACACCAAAGCAGAUUCCUCUUAAAACAGCCCGUGUGUACGAGAUCAAGCGAUUCUCCACUCCCACACCCAUGUCAGCUCCUACUCUGACACCAAAAGUCAUUGCACCACGUUCAGCUACAACACUUGGAGAACGUUUAACUCACUCUGGUAUGACCUCCCCACCUCCUGGUCCUUUAUCCUCUAACCUAGCCCCAGUAACAGUCAAUGUCCCUACUCCAGCUUUACCUCCCUCCCAACUACCUGGUCUUCCCAGCCUCCCAAAAUUCUCUGCUACUCCUAUUCCCAACUCUGUGCCGCCUGCAGUUCCCACACCUUAUACUCCAGUAUCAUACACCACUGGGCUCCAGGGAGCCAAGCAGUUCCAGAGCGCCCCGGAGCUGAGUAUCCUCGCCUCAUUGCCCCCACUUAAAUCAAAUACCGUUCAGGCACCCAAGCCACGUUUUGUUGCCACCAAGGGAGGUGUUCAGCCUCGUGUCUGGAGGCCAGGAGCAAUGUGAACUGCUGAAAGUCCGCCCCUGUCACAAAUGGACAUUCAUCAAUUUUCAUCAGUCAGUAAGCCAAUAGAAAAGGAUUUUUUGUUCAGACAAUAAUCAUUUCAUUAUUUAAUGAAAAAGUAUCCAACAUUCACUGAUUUCACAUUAAAAACAUGUUUGCUUUAUGGGACUUUUUCAGUAUUUGUGGAUAUUUUAACUUCUAAACUUGUGAUCAAUGUAAAAAUUACCACCGAAUUAAUUGACAGCUUUAAACUUAUAGCUGAUAGCCUUACAUGAAUUAAUUUCAUUCACAGAUCAUCUUAAAUUAUAAGGUUAUGUUUAUCUGAUUGAUGACUGAGUGUGAAUGACAAAUUGCCAAUGUUUUUGCCGAUACUUCUAUUCAGACAUGUAACUGAAUGAUAAUAAAAAAUGGGGAAUACUGUCACAUCUGUGUACAGCUGUAUAGUCUACCAAAUGCCUGUCCUGGGGGAGGUUUGUGUAAGGCUUCUGGAGAUCUCUUUCUACUGAUUUAGCAGAAAUACUAUCGAAACAGAGCCUGUACUGAAUUAUUCUUUGAAACUUGAAAUGUCUGAAAGAUCAUUAAAAUUAAUAGUUGCAGUUGUAACUGUGGGAAUAAAUCACCAAAGAUGUAUGUUUUAGUAUGUUACUGGGGGAUGAUCAUAAGGCAAAUAUAGAAAGCUUAACCGCUUCACCUGUAAUUUUGUAAUCUAGUAUCAGUCUCACUACAUGAUGUGCAUUAUAUGUUGUAUUUUUAUCCACUUUGAAUAGCGUAUUUCACCCAUGAUGAUCAACUCCACUAUUCCUGUGGUGUCAGUGAUGCAUGACCAUCUGAAAACUGUACAUUGUUUUUACACUAAUCAACUCACCAAGGAACUGUAGCUUUAAAGAAGACCUUGUCUGCUCCUUUAAAGUGAGGUUGUGCUAAAUACCACAGCUCACUAUAGCCAGUGAGAAAUGCUAUCUUUUUAGCAUGGGUCACAUUCAACAAGUGCCCGGGCUGUCACUAAAUGUACACUUGUCACUGGAUAUCACAGCUUCCUCUUGACACUUAGGCACAUCAGAGCCUUAGUAUCAGUGUGGUCGAUAUAUGUAACAUGUGUUAACUUUUAUUAAACAAAUAACAAAGAUACAGAAAUGUGUUUUUUUUUUUGUUUUGUUUUGUUUUUAUUGUGAUUUUACUUGGCAUGGUGGGAAGGAAAGUUGACUGACUGAGAGAUACUAGCAUUUGUAAAAAGGUUAAAGAUGUGAGAAUAGCUGUAGAGGGAGUUAUAGACAGGAUGGGCAGGGAUCAGGGAAUGAGGUCUCAACUGGCUACUAACAGAAUAUUAAUGCUGAACAGAAGUAUGCCACAAAACGGAGACUUAGGUAUAGCUAAAAUCCCUAAGAAUUAAAGGAGAGUGACCAUGAAAGUUUGGGACCUGACAUUUGAGAGGAAGCAUACAAGUGCAGCUGGUAUCUCUCAAAAGAACUAAUUAAAGCCUAAAGUUAAUAAUAUACUUAAUUUGAUAGAUGUAAACUUAGAAAGACUGGGUAUGUUAAUGAUGUCAGACCUGACAAAGAAGAAAUGAAUGCUUUUUAAGUGUGGAUUUUUUUUUUUUUUUUUUUUUGAAGACAAGUGGGAAUGAGUGGAUAUUUUUGUUAUUUCUUAACAUUUUUAAAGUAUUAUUACUCUAAAGGUUUUGUCUUGGGUUUAUAUUGUGAUGGUUGCAAAAAAAGCUGUUGAUGUAGUAGUUAUGCUGAGGUGUAAAAAUAUGAUACAUACCUGUGUCUGAAUGUAGUUGGAUUAAAUAAUAUAUGUGAAAAUGUUUGUUAUUAUUGUUGAGUAGGGAUAUUUAUACUGACCAAGAGUCAAGAUACAUAUGGAGGAAUAAAGUUAGACA